CAACUAUCAUUGAUUUAUGCACUUUAACUAAGAUAUUGCAAGUUGCUAAGAAAAAUUCUAUUAAACUAAAUUCAUUAACAAAAAAUUUAAAUAGUUUGGAAGCAUUACAUAAUAAACAAAAAGAGAUUUUAACAAAAUUAGAAAAGCCCGAUGUAUUAUUUGGCUUCGUAGAAAUUGAGAAAUCUAAA